AUGGGCUGGUUUAGCUUCAAAUUUUGGUUUUGUUUUCGUCUUAUACUUGCAUCUAUUGCUCAUUUUAACUGGUUUCUUAAAAAAAUUUUUUUUCUUGAAUUUUUAAAAUUUCCCCGAAGGUUAACAGCAAUUUAUGUCAAUUGUAUUUUCUUUACUUUAUGGAAAUCCUAUGAUAUUUUUUGGUUUUGGUUCCAUUUAUUUUUGUGUAUUUGCUUCCCAGCUUUGAGGCCUGAAAAUUAUUUAAUUGUAUUUAUUCGCUUAAUUCGGGCAAAAUAUGGAGAAUAUUCCGACAAAUCUUUUAAAGAAAUUUAUGAACAAUUUUAUAAAUAUGAAGGGAAGACCAAGGCUGAAGUUGAAUUGAAACGAGUUGAGACUUUAAGAAGGGAAAAAAGAGAAAGCAGAAGAGCUGGAAAUAAAAAGGUUUUUACCACCUUAAAAAUUUUUUUGCGGAUUUAA